AUGGAUAAUGCACCAAUUCACAAGCAUGGAGAUAUUCAGCUUUACAUUGAGGGUAGAGGCUAUGGGUGUGUCUAUCUUCUACCAUAUUUGCCUGAGCUUAAUUCUAUUGAGCAGUUUUGGUCAGUUGUAAAGAGUAAACUCAAAAGGGAAGCUCUUUUGGAGGAGGAAACAUUAACCUCAAGGAUCUCAGAUGCUUGCAAUAAAAAAGAAAAACAAAGUGCAGAUGAGAAGUACGGUGAGACUUUGUUUAUUGAUGAAAAGAGAGAUGAUCUUCUAUUGCUAUUUGCUAUCUUCUCUACAAACACUUUUAUUCGCAGUCACAUAGAGCAAAUCUGCAAUAUUGCUAAAAAACAUAUGUGGAGUAAGAAAAAAUACAUUGCUAAUUAUUUGGGCCAGACACUUUUCCUCUCGGGCAUGACGUUUCUCUGGAGCACUACGUUUAUUGAAUCUCCGCCUUUCACCAUUUACCGGCCUCAUAAAAAGUGA